AUGGCCUCAAAAAAUGAAAUAAUCGAAGAAAGAUUGAGUACUCUUGCAUCAAGAACGGGAUUACCAGAAAAAGAAAUUCGUAAUAUUUUCGAACAAAUCCGAGAUAAAUAUCCGAGUGGUGGUUUAUCAUUGAAGCAACUUUUGGAAUUAUUUUAUUCUUCAGACGAUGAAGAACCAUUGAAUGUCGAAAUGCUGGAAGAUGAUUAUUACAGACGACUCUUCUAUGCUAUCGAUCACCAUCAUUCAGGCAAAAUUGAUAUAUAUGAAUACAUAAUGAUUGCCGGACUACUUGAAGCGGAUGAUUCACAAGCGUUAAUGAAAAGUAUUUUUCAAUUCUGUGAUUCGAAUCACGAUGAUCUUGUUACAUAUGCCGACGUGAAAAAAGCAUUAUGCAUUUUCUUCUUGAAACCUGUUGAUAACGAUAUCGAAACAACAGAGAAGAAUGAAAGUGAUCCUUUUGAAGGUGAAACCAUGGCUGUUAUACACAAAGUAUUUGAUGGCAAACCACACGUAUCCGAAGCAGAAUUCAUUCAUUUGUGGAUUGGAAACAGCGAACUCAAAGAAAUAGCUAAAAUGAUAAAUGACAAGAUGGUCAUUACCCUGUCAACUGUGACAGGUAAAUUCAUUGAAUAG